GCCUGAUAGCCCAGAUGCUGGUUGUGCCGUUCUUGCAGAGAGGAAUUUUCAUCAGAUCCGAUCGGGCGAUUCUAUAAUGAGCUUCGGUUGGGAUUAGCUCGAGGCGUUUGAAUUUUGAUAUUAUGCGGAAAGUGAAAAUAAUUGUGUUUUGUUUACAAUUCGUUCUGGUGUAUUGUGUUCUUGGGAAACCGUUUAGGAACGUUUCCGAUAUUUGGGCAGAAGAGUAUGGGGAGUUUCCACUUAAUUUGGAAAAUAGUGUUGGUGAUAAUAUGAUUGGUGAUAGAAAAUUCUGGAAUAGUUCCCGAUUUCCAAGAGUUUUGAAUUUCUUCCCAGUUCCAUUCGAAGAAGAAUGUAACUCCAAUGACGGGCGACGGAAAGGAGUUUGCAUGAACACAUAUGAGUGCAGGAUACAGGGAGGAAAAUCUUUUGGCUUCUGUGCUCUCGGAUUUGGUGUAUGUUGCGUAUUUACCGCAACAUGUAACCAAGAAGCUAACAACAAUAUAACCUACUUCGUCAAUCCGGAUUUUCCGGAUCUAACGAGAGAUAUGUCCUCGUGUGCCUUGACUGUCAGAAAAAUCGACGAAGACAUCGCGCAGCUGCGAUUAGACUUUAUACACUUCAAUUUGGGACAGCCAAAUAGAAGGACUGGAGUGUGUGAGGACGACGUAUUUUCUAUGUCUGUCGGAAACUACACUAAGGAAUUGACGAUGUGUGGAUUCAACAGUGGCCAGCACGUGUAUUUCGACAUUGAGACAAUAAAUGAUGAACCAAUCACGAUCAGCAUGAACCUGAAUGGAAAAGCUGUAAGCAGGUUAUGGGAAGUGCGUGUGGUACAAGUAGCAUUUUCUCAGAGAGCCCCAGUAGAUUGUUUACAGUAUUAUGAAGGGACAAGGGGGACAAUCCAGACAAUGAAUUUUGCUGACAAUGGAAGACACCUGGCCAACCAAGAUUACAAUAUCUGCAUAAAACAGGAACAGGGAAUGUGCAGUAUCGUAUAUGAACCUUGCCAUGAAAAUGCCUUCAGGAUCAGUCCAAAUACAGAUACCAACGAAGGUAUGAUCGAUGUCGGAUCUGGUCAAGGCAGCGAAGAUUUGGCAGAGAGCAGGAACAUGCAAAUUUGCAACGACAAAAUAACGGUACCUUGUGAUUCAGACGAUUUAAUUUUGCUAGAAGAUCAAUCCAUGCUUCCCAGUUACUGCGAGCUCAUUCACUGCGGACCUUCCUUAUGUCCCUCAGGAGAAACACCUUGUCGAAUAGAAAGUAGCGUAACGCCCUUUGUGAUAGGCAUUCACUUUGGACCCAGCGUGAGGGAGGAAUCCCCGGAAGAUAAUUUGGGAAUGUGCCUAACUUACCAACAACAACCUUGUAAUGUUUAGUUCAAGUAAUAUAAGUUAUUGAUGUAAAA